AUGGCCAUUGGAUCAUCAAACGCACAUGACAUGCAUAUGCCCGCAAUCAAAGUCAGAGUAGCACCAUUUCGAUGGUUAGCAGUUCUAGUCGGUUGUGUCACUUUCCUCGUUUUAAUACUUCUCCGAAGUCCAUAUAAACCCAUUGACAGCGAUGUAACGGCUGAAAUAGCCGAACGGCUGAAUGAAGAAGCAUCGAAAUUGCGCUGGUCAUUAUCACGCGCUCAACAAUGGUAUUCUUCUCAACCGUGGUAUCUCGGUGCUAAUUAUUUACCUUCGACAGCCGUCAACGUCUUGGAGAUGUGGCAAGAUGACACGUUCGAUGAGAAAACCAUCAAAUGCGAACUUGCUUGGGCAAGUAAACGUUUACAAAUGAAUAUCAUGCGCGUUUUUCUUCAUAUACUUGUUUGGAUGAAUAAUCCAACGAAGUUCUUUCAGCAUGUCGAUACCUUUCUCUCUAUUGCAAAGCAAAAUAAUAUCAAAGUCAUGCUCGUUCUUUUUGACGAGUGUUGGAAUGAAGAUCCAAAACUCGGUCAACAACUCAAUCCCAUUCCAGGUGUACAUAAUUCGAGAUGGGUUCGAUGUCCCGGCCAAUCAAUGGUGCUAAAUAGAACAAGUUGGCCACUUAUCGCGCAAUACACAACAGAUGUAAUUAAUCACUAUAAAUCUGAUAACCGCGUUGCUGUCUGGGAUUUGUAUAACGAACCUGAAUGUAGCAAACAAAUCAGAGUUGUCUUACCGUUACUCCGUUACAUAUACAAGACUGCUCGAUCGGUAGCUGAUGUCGAACAACCAAUGACAAUUGGCAUUGCCAAAUGGCCAUUGACAACCCCUCUAGCACAAUUUGAAUUAGCUGCAUCAGAUAUAAUAUCUUUUCACUCAUAUGGUCCAUUAGCAAAUGUUAUCGCAAAUGUAAGCGAUUUACGACAAGUUCAAUUAGGUCGACCUAUUCUCUGCACAGAGUGGUUGGCACGUACAUUUGGAUCAACACUGUUUACGCACAUAGAUUUUUUUCAAACGGAAAAAAUAGGUGCAAUACAUUGGGGUCUCGUCGCAGGUCGCUCUCAAACAUACUAUCAAUGGAAAUCGCCCAAAGGAGCGCCGACGCCGAAAAUGUGGUUUCAUGAUGUACUCUAUUCGAAUGGCACAGCGUUUAGUGCACUAGAAGAAAAACUCUACUCAGAAAUCAAACAUGAAAAAGUUUUCAAAUAA